GGUUUCCUCAAAUCUAGACGGCCACAGUCCUUUUCAACUUACUGCAUUGAUUUGGGGAGGUCGUUUGGACGAGAGAUUCAUCAACUUGUGGCCAGCCUAGUGACGAGCCUCUGGCCCUUCCUUCAGCUAGACAGGUUUUCGGACCUGAUGUGAGGUCCUUCACAGUUCUGUUCAAAUCCUACCUCAGACGCUCACUAGGUUCAUCACCCGGGGAAGUUACUUGAUCUCACUGAGCCUCAGUUUCGGUAGCUGUAAAGUGGAGUAAAUAACAGGCCCUGCCUCAUACGGUUGACAUUAGGAACAAAUGAGUGAAUAUGUGCUGCCGGAAAACCCCAUUAUCUAAUCUACUGGACUCAAACCCCACUUUGAACGCUUUCAACCUAUGUGAUCCUGGGCAAGUCACUUUGUGCCCCUUGGCCUUGGUUUCCUAGUCGGUAAAAUAAGUGGGUUGGUCUAGCUGACCUGUCAGGUUCCUUGUAGAUCUCUCUGGUCAGUAAGCAGGCACAUCGAGAGCACUGCAUUUUACAAUUAUCAUCUCAUUUGCUUAGCUUAGUGCACGGCACACAGCAGGCGCUAUAUAAAUGCUGUUUAGCAUUAUUAGGGGUAGUGAUAUUACCAACCCCCUCCUGGAUGCCUGCCUUGUGCUGGUGGGGGCUUGGGUAGCUCAGUGAAACUGCGUUGUGCCGCGCAGCGGCCCAAGACAGGUCACAGUGGAGAGUUCGGAUAGAAGGGAAUGACCAACCACUCCGGCGUCUCUGCCAAAGUCACCCUAAAUGGGGUCACAGAGAGUCGGACGGGAUUGCAAAGAAUGAGUGAACAACAAACAAGGCGGAAGAGGCAUGAGGUACGGGGAGUAGUGAAAGAGAUACAGCACUUCUCGACCCCAAGGCACUCACCCAAGCCCCACCCCCACCCCAAACCUGGCCCGGAUCAACGGGAACCGGCUUUGGUCCGCGUCAUCCGGCAGCCUGUGGCCUCGGAGGGCGAGAGCUGUCCAGACCCCGGCAUCUCUGGCACCGAGCCGAAGAGGCGCGGGCGGGGCCUCGGCGGAGCAUUGUGGGUAAGCGCUUUAAAAGAUGUCCCCGCGCGCCUAGUCGGCCAGGAGCAGUCCAGUCGGGCUUCUGUCAGCGCCAUGCCGCGGUCGCUCACCAAGCGCGGCCUCAUGCUGCUGAUGCGCGCCAUCGGCUUCUUCAUCGGCCUCAUCGGCAUCGCGGCACGAGCCCUCGACUUCACCUGGCGCCACGGCGGCUCCCGCAGCACCAAGCCCACAAGCGAGCCCCUGCUGCUGUUGUCGGGGAUGCAGCUGGCCAAACGCAUCCGCCAGAGGAAGGUGAAGUGUAUAGAUGUCAUUAACACAUAUAUUGCCCGAAUAAAGGAAGUGAACCCAAUGAUCAAUGCAAUUGUCAAGGAUAGAUUCGAGGCAGCUCAGCGAGAAGCUUUAGCAGUGGAUAAAAGACUAUCAGAGGCACAAGAAGAUGAGGCAACACUAGAAAAGAAAUGGCCCUUCUUGGGGGUCCCUUUGACUGUCAAGGAAGCCUUUGAGUUGAAUGGAAUGCCCAAUUCUUCAGGCCUGGUGAACCGUCGGAAUGUCGUCUCCAAAACUGAUGCCACAGUAGUGGCAUUGCUAAAGAAAGCUGGUGCUAUUCCCCUUGGAGUGACCAAUUGCAGUGAGCUUUGCAUGUGGUAUGAGUCCAGCAACAAUGUCUAUGGCAGAACCAACAAUCCGUAUGAUGUGCAAUGCAUCGUAGGUGGUAGUUCAGGAGGUGAAGGCUGUGCUUUAGCUGCUGCCUGCUCAGUAAUCGGUGUGGGCUCAGAUAUUGGUGGCAGCAUCCGGAUGCCAGCUUUUUUCAACGGCAUCUUUGGACAUAAGCCCACAUCAGGAGUGGUCUCCAAUGAAGGCCAGUUUCCCGUGGCCGUGGGAGCCCAGGAGAAGUUCCAGUGCACAGGCCCCAUGUGUCGCUAUGCCGAGGAUCUGGAACCCAUGCUGAGAGUCAUGGCAGGACCUGGCAUCCAUAAGUUAAAGCUGGAUAAAAAGAUUCCAGUCCAAAAAAUAAAAUUCUACUGGAUGGAACAUGAUGGGGGCUCAUUUCUAGUGUCCCCUGUGGAUGUAGAACUGCUUCAGGCCCAGAAGAAAGUGGUGAAACAUCUGGAGACUAUGCUAGGUGCUUCAGUUCAGCAUGUAAAAUUUAGCCAAAUGAAAUACUCUUACCAGAUCUGGGUCAGCAUGAUGUCAGCCAAGAACUAUGAUGGCACGGAAGCGGUGAAGUUCCAGGAGCUGCUAGGAGAUCAUGGAAAGCCUGUGUGGCCCCUCUGGGAACUGAUGAAGUGGGUCCUUGGGAUGUCAACACACACCAUCCCUUCUAUUGGUCUGGGUCUGCUGGAGUCAGUUCUCAAACAUGAUCCUCAAACCUAUGCCAAGUUUGAAGAACUGAGGCAAACCCUUUGGUCAGAGCUUGUAGGCAUGCUGGGAAACGAUGGGGUCUUCUUAUACCCCUCCCAUCCUCAAGUGGCUCCCAAGCACCACUUCCCUCUGACAAGGCCAUUCAACUUUGCUUAUACAGGCAUCUUCAAUGCCCUGGGCUUGCCUGUGACCCAAUGCCCACUUGGCCUGAACAGCAAGGGACUCCCUCUGGGUAUCCAGGUGGUAGCUGGCCCCUUCAAUGAUCACCUGACUCUGGCUGUGGCUCAGUACCUGGAGAAGAGUUUUGGUGGCUGGGUCUGUCCUGGAAAGUCCUAGAAUGACCUUCCCACAAUUCAAUUUAUCCAAUUUGUGGGUGACAAAGAGCUAAGAUGGAUAACUAACAUUCAAUUCAAAAAAGCUCUUGAUAAGCUUUUAGAGAUCGAAUCUAACAGACGAAUGAAAUUUAACGAUGGAUAAAGUCCAACAUCUGGACAACGACAGAAGACAAUGGGGAAAACAUGACUAGACAACAAAUCAUGUGAAGAAGAGUUGGAGGCCUUAUUAGACUGUAAUCUCCACGUGACCACAAGAGCCCACAAAGUGCAAACAAUCUUAGGUCACCCUGAGUCACAGGACUUGGGGAGACAUUGUAUUCCUUUUGGACUCUGUCCUCGUUAAGCUGUCUGGAGCGCUUUGUUCCAUCUUGGCACCACAUUUUAGGCAAGAUGCAAAUGAGCCUAAGUGUGGGAUGCAAGGAAGUAGAAAGUAUGUCAUACAAGAAUGAUUGAAGCACCUGGGAACAUUUAGCCUCAGUGUAGCAUCUAUGAUCCUGUCAUUCUAAGGCUGUUAGGAAAUCUGUUCAGCAGUUGGAGGCGGGGACUCUCACUGGUUUUUUCCUGGGAAAGUCACUUCCCCACCUCUUUUGGCCAGGCCAUAGUUGUACUGGCUGGAAGAAGCCUAUUGCCAGCAUGGGAGUGAAUGCAAUUCAAAGGGACUGGGGUUCAUUUGAACUUCCCUUCCUUUGCAUCUUUCACAUUUAGCCAGUAGAUCUCAGUAAAAAGAAAUGGCUCUUCAAAGGAGAGGGGCAGUUCACAAGGAUUAGCAAGCAGAGCACCUUCCAAGAGAAACUCCUGGCACAGUCCAAAUGGCCAGAUCUAUUGAAAAUCAUUUCCAGAACUAACCCGUAACAUUCACAUGCACACUUCUGUAAAGAAGUUAGUAGUCUAUCAUAAAUCAGUACCCUCCUCCUUCCCAGUGGGGGAUUCUUCAUUAGACACAAGACCCCACCGUUGUAUAGCUCAUCAAGCCCAAGUAUGGUAUUUAAAAGAUGGAGAGAAGGUAGGAGAGAAAAGAACAGAGAGAAAAUGAAGACUUAGUAAGCCUUCAAGGCCAAUGAACACAGGAUUUGUACUUCAGGUCCAGUGUGAGGAAAGAGGAGGAAGGUCGUUAAGAACAGCUCUUUGUGCAGAGGAGAGGAGGCAAGAGUUACUGACUGCUCCAUUCUCUGGCUUGACAGGUGUGAUAAGAAACAGAGAGAUGCAGGUAAGCAAUGCCCUGCAGAGAUGGUUAGCCAGCAAGCAUUUAUUAAGCACCUACUGUGUGCCAAGCACUCUGCAGGAGCCUUCCCUAUAGUAUUCUUCCCACUCCUGGACACCUGGAAGCUAGUCUGACAAACCUUGCCCAUUACCCCUUUAGCAUCUCCCUAACCUGCUCUCUGGGACUCGGAGGCAAAACCUUACCUUGUGUAUCCCAAGAUGUUAUAUACGACAUAUUGGGUGGCAAUCAACUUCAUUUUGAUGUGCCUCCCUUCUCCAAGACAUUGAGUCAAUGAGUUCUUUUCCUGACAACAACCAAGUUUCCAUUUCGAUCUAGGAAUGUGGUCUAAGUUUUAUUAUGCUGGUUGGAGUCUGGAUGGGGCAAGGGAGUUAAUGUGCUCCUCACCUCCUUCCUCAUUACCACACCUCGAGACUCCAAAUUGCACAGUAAUUCUGUCUCUCUAGGGAUAUGUGUAGAUCCUGGUUUUUUGUUUU